UCAGACGUAUGAAACGCAGGUACACACAGACGCAUCCAUAAAUGGUUACGGCGCUGUUUUAUUACAAAAAUCCCCAGAUGAUAGUCAAUGGCACCCCGUGUAUUAUAUGAGUAAAAAGACGAUGGAAGCUGAGCGAAAAUUUUGCAGCUACGAACUCGAAGUACUCGCUGUAAUAGAGGCUCUUAAAAAGUUUAAAGUUUAUUUAUUGGGUUUACAUUUUACCAUUGUAACCGACUGUAAUGCGUUUGCCAAAACAAUAGACAAAAAAGAUUUAUGUACGAGAGUAGCUAGGUGGAUAAUGUUGUUGCAAGAGUAUGACUACACUAUCGAACACCGUUCUGGUUCAAGUAUGAAACACGUAGACGCAUUGAGUAGAUUUCCGAUUUUAACAAUUACCAUAGAUGACGUUACUUUAAAGAUCAAAGAUGCGCAAACACAAGAUGACGAACUGCGACUAAUUAAAGAAAUUUUGCAAGAGAAGGAAAGUUAUGAAGAUUACUUUAUGAAGGGUGACAUUUUAUAUAAAUUAGUAAACGACUGCGAGUUACUAGUCAUACCCAAAUGCAUGCAAAGAGAAAUUAUACGACGAGCCCACGAAAAAGGGCAUUUCGCUUUAGCAAAAACUAAAGAUAUUAUAUCCAGAGAAUUCUAUUUUUCCAAACUGAAUGAAAAAUUCAAAAGUGUAUUUCCAAUUGCGUUCAAUGCAUCGUUGCCAAUCGCAAAAGAGGAAAACAAGAGGGCGAGUUACAUCCAUUACAUAAAAUAGAUACUCCAUUACAUACGUACCACGUCGAUCAUUUAGGUCCGUUAGAAUCCACAAGCAAAAUGUAUAAGUAUAUAUUUGCAGUAAUCGACGCAUUUACAAAAUUUUCUUGGCUAUAUCCUACCAAAUCAACAUCAGCAAAAGAGGUCAUCAGUAAGCUAAUGACGCAAAGCAUCAAUUUUGGUAAUCCAGUUAAAAUUAUCUCUGAUAGAGGUUCGGCAUUCACGUCCGACGAAUUUAAAGAAUACUGUCGAUCAGAAAACAUAAAACACGUUAAGAUAACUACAGGACUACCACGUGCCAACGGCCAAAUUGAAAGAUUGAACAGCUCAAUAAUUGCAGUUUUAUCGAAACUAAGUAUUGAAGAUGCAACAAAGUGGUACCGUUAUGUCGACCGAGUACAACAGUUCAAUCAAAAUAGAGACGAAAUGCGCAACGACGGGAAAAAACAAAUCCUUAAGAUUCAAGAAGAAAACAAAAAAUCAUACAAUCUGCGACGUAAAAAAGCUCAUAUUUACAAACUAAAUGAUAUUGUUGCUAUAAAACGCACACAAUUAGGUAGCGGUUUAAAACUCAAACAAAAGUUUUUAGGCCCCUAUCGAAUUACUAACGUAAAACCGAACAACACUUACGAUGUCCAAAAACUGGGUAACGGCGAAGGUCCAAAAACAACAACAACGUGCGCAGAAUUUAUGAAAGAAUGGCUAAAUACAUUUGAUGACGACGAUUCUACUUAGUUAUUCGAGACGAAUAUCACGCAGGAUGGCCGAUGUGUGGGAAUGAAACGAUAUGACAGCACAGAAAAGCCAGAAGAAGAAGAAGAAGAUCAGCAAGACGAGUAAGAAGUGUACGACGUGCGGCAAGAUAGAGCUGAAUUAAUUUUAAUAUAAAUCGUUUUUUCAUUGUAUUCUUGAAAUCAAUAGUUUUGUUUAAUAAACCACAUUACUAAUUUGUUAAAUAUAA